AUGCAGCCCGCACAGCGUCCACCCCCGCCCCAGCAGCAGGUUCAGCCACAGCCACCCCCUCAGCAGCAGCCACCAGUCAAGAUAUACAAUGCCGUCUAUUCCUCAGUUCAGGUCUACGAGUGCAUGGUCCGCGGCAUCGCCGUCAUGCGUCGUAGAACUGACUCCUACGUCAACGCGACUCAAAUCCUCAAAGUCGCAGGCGUCGACAAGGGCCGACGCACCAAGAUCCUAGAGAAGGAAAUUCUCCCCGGUAAGCACGAGAUCGUUCAAGGUGGCUACGGCAAAUAUCAAGGCACCUGGAUCCCGCUCGAGCGCGGUCGCGACAUCGCCAUACAGUACGGCGUCGCCCCUCUUCUAGGUCCUCUCUUCGAUUUCGUCCCCAAUGCCAAUCCACUCGGCGCCCUUCCCCCAGGAAUGCCAAGUGUCACUGGCGCUCCAGGUGGCUUCGUGCCCUCUGGCCUCGCCCCACCUCCCAUCAUGCCGGGCUCUGCCCUCCGCCUCCUCAACCAAGGCCGCGCACAAGGUCUCUUCACGCCCUCGACAUCAGGUAUGGACUUAGCGCGGUCCAGCACUUAUCCCUCACCGGGCGCAUAUUAUUCAGGCGCAUACCCACAAUCUCCAUUUUCCCCCAUACCCGGCGUGUCUCCUACACCCCCACCCCUCAUGCCGUCCUCUCUCAAGAGGACGCGCACUGAUUCAGAUUUUGACUAUGCUAUGGCGUCACCGGCUAACAGCUCACAGAUUUCUCCGCCUGUUCUCGCUGCGUCGCCUGACAUCCAGAUGGCGGAACGCUCGCGUCCAGCAUCCGCUGCUCCGCAGCUUGAAGGGGUUACCGGACCAUCACCGGCGAAGCGCGCACGCACAGAACCGUCACCUCUACAAUCGCAAGUCACCGAUGACGCUUUGCAGCCUGCUCCGCAUAUACAACUCCAGCCCACACCCCCUGUUCAAGAUGUUGCGCAACAACAACGCGCCUCGACACCCGCUAUCAAUGGUAUCUCUCGUCCUCCGAGCUCAGAAGCCGCGCUUCCGAAUGGAAAGCCGCCAAGCGAAGCUCCUCCGCUCGAGGCAGAACUCCUGGACGUGAGAUUCGCGACCAAACCGACCAUGCCGCACACGACAGACACCAGUGCCCCUCUGAGAGACCCGAGGAGGGUCAAUGUCGUGUCCGCCAUCUGUCAGCGGGACGACCCCACUCCCGUGCUCGACGCGCUGCGCGAAAUACCGCCCGACAACCCCGACCUGACGAUGGACGUCGACCUGGUACUGGACGACCAAGGGCACACUGCCCUGCACCUCGCGGCGAGCCUGGCGCGGCACGGCAUCGUCGACGCGCUGCUCAGCAGCGGCGCGGACAUGCAUCGUGGAAAUUACAACGGCGAGACGCCGCUCAUCCGCGCGUGCCUCGCGACGCACAACUUCGACCAGCAGACGUUCCACGUGCUCGUCGGUGCGCUGCACGCGUCGAUCCGCACGAUCGACACGUCGCGCAAGUCCGUACUGCACCACGUCGUCGCGUCCGCUGGCGUCAAGGGACGCGCGAUUGCGGCGCGGUACUACCUCGACCACAUCUUCCUCUGGAUCGCGCAGCACCAGGGCGGGGACUUCCGCUCCCUCGUCGACCUCCAGGACGAGCACGGCGACACGGCGCUGAACAUCGCCGCACGCGUCGGCAACCGGAGCUUGGUGCGCACACUGCUCGAUGUGGGCGCGAAUCGGAUAUUGCCGAAUAAGCUGGGCCUACGCCCCGGCGACUUCGGAGUUGAGACAGAGGAGCUUGGUGGCGGGCUCCGAGCGGAUGAUAUCCUGUCUUCCCUGCGCAGCGCUCCCUCCGCGCCGGUCCAGAAGAGUCAAGAUGUAUUGGCUGACAUGACCACAAUGGUGCAGUCUCUAGGGAACGAGUUCGCGGUGGAGAUCAAGGCGAAACAGGACACCCUAGACGUGACGCAGGCGCACCUGCGCGCGGCGACGCGCUCGCUCUCGGAUCAGCGCAAGCAGAUACAAUUGUGCCAGGCGCAGUGCGGCGAGCUCGACCAGGUGACGCAGCGCGUGCGCAACCUUCAGAAGGCGCUCGUGGACGAGGACGCGUUUGACUGGACGGGCCGCACAGAACCCAGCGGGAGCGACGCCGCCGCGUCUGCGGGCCCCGCGUUCCGUGCGCACGGCCAGGCGGCGCCGAUGGCGACGCUCACUGGAUCGGUCGACAUCUCUUUCAACCUUGACGUCGACCCCACCGUCCCCGUGUCAGACUCGGUGGCGAGCCUCAUCCGCCUGCGGCGGCUGAAGCUGUGGCACCAGCGGAUCGAAAUGCUCAUGGAGGAGCGCCUGAAGUCCCUGCAGGGCGCUAGCGCGGAGAAGGAGUUUCAGUGCAAGAAGAUCGUUGCGCUGUGCACCGGGGUGUCCAUCGACAAGAUCGAGGAGAUGCUCGAUGGCCUCGUCGUGGCUGUCGAAAGUGAAGCGCAAGUCAUCGACAUUGGUCGUGUAUCUGGGUUUAUGCAAAAGGUUCGUAAUGGUGUGAUAUAG